UUGUCGGCCAUGUUGGAAAUGUCAUUUUCGUGCUACAGUGGAGGGGAUCCUCUGGUAUUUAGAGAAUUAUGUCAGUAAUUUGUUAGAGGUUUUUGUUGUGUACUUUUUAAAGUUUUCUUCUUGUCAGUUAACACGUUGUUUCGCUACUUUAAUGGAAUUUAGUGGUGUGUUAUGAAGCUCCGGCUGCAGUAUGGCAGGGCAGCCUCUCAUGAGUCCAGUAGAGAACUGACUCCGAAGGAAUCAGCUGGAAUGUCGACUGAAUUGAGCUCUCAGGAUGGCACUGAUAUGUCACUCACUUUACAACCUGAGCUCAUGAUGAAUUCAGGAAUAUCCAACAAUGUGGAGAACAUGGAAGGCAGAGUCCCCAUAUGCAGCUCAUUAUCAGGAGAAGAAAGCAGUACUGGCUCUGCUUCCCGCCGGCUUAGACCUACAGGCCACAGCCACUCUCGCUCCCACAGCCGUAGCCACUCUCACACGCAUGCUGAGGCUGACCGAUCACACUCGGACCAUGACGCGGGGGAACCCACUUCUUCAAUCGCAGAAUUGCGCUACCUCUUUUGCUGGGUGCAGAAAAGUUUCCCUUUUAUCAUUAUCAUUUGUUCAAAACUGAUUUUACAGCAUGCUUUGGGGAUGGCUGUAGGACUUGGUCUCUUUAUAACAUUCCUGUAUGCAAAUAAAAAUAUCCAGGGACAAGUUUUUCUCCAGGAUCGUCGGUCGAAGCUUCAGUGUUUAUGGCUUCUGUCCUUCCUGAUGGCCUCCUCCCUACUUUUCUAUUACACAUUUAAGACAGAUUCACUUUAUUACUGCCUCAUCCUUAUGAACCCCCAUGUUGAGCCUAUGGAUUUCUGGGAUGUUUUAUGGAUUGUGGGAGUGACCAGUUUCAUUGUGAAAUUUCUCAUUAUGGGAUUAAAGUGCCUAGUUCUUCUUCUUCCUGCCUGUGUCAUGGUGUACAGGAGACGAGGUCAAUGGUAUAUGUUCAUAGAAGAACUUGGGCAGUUUUAUCAAGUAAUUGCCCCUGUGCCUCCCUGGUUCUACUACCUGCUUAGAUCCCAAAAGGUUGAAAGCUCUGUAGGAGUUACCCUUGAUAUUCUGUUAGCUUUGUUUUACAUAAUUCUGAAGCUUUUGGAACUUUUCACUCACGUGGGAUCCCUGCAGACCACAGUACAGAUGUUUCUCAGUUAUGAGGUGAACGGAGCACCUGCAACUCAGUCCCAGUGCAGUGGUGCUGGAGACCUUUGUCUUAUCUGUCAAUCCAAGUUUAAGCAACCUCGAGUUCUCUUGUGUCAACACAUCUUCUGUGAGGAUUGUAUGGUGGUUUGGUUCAAUCAAGAAAAGACCUGCCCUCUCUGCCGGACCACGAUUACUGAUAGGGUUCACAAAUGGAAAGGUGGUGCAACAUCAGCUUAUUUACAAAUCUACUGAGAUACUGAAUUUCAUGCCUUAAUGUCUGGAGAAAAUAUUUCCUUUACCAAAACAAUCGAGUAAGAGGAGACAAAUGUGAAAAAACUGAUGCACCAUGACAGAAUUAAUGCAAACAACAAACGUGCCUUAUAAACAGGUUUUCCCUCA